GCUGGUGUGAACGACGGCAUCAAAGAAAGACGGCAGGAGCUGAUUCAGCGCAUGAAUCGCGAAGCAGAGAGCCGCAAGGGCAUCGCCACCAAGCGGCAGCUGCAGAAUCACAAGCACAAGCAGUUCGUAGUGGCGGACAAGAUUGUGAAGGAUGGCAAGGCGUCCUAUGAAUGGAUGUUCCAAGAUCAAGUAAAGAAGGACAAGCUGCUAGACUUUGAGAACAUGAGCGAUGCGCCCAAGGACGAUCCCAUGGAUUUGGCGAUGUUCAGAAAGACCUUGGUGGAGCACAACAUCGACCCCAACAUCUUCGGUGUGGGAAAGGCCAAGGGCAUCGAACAGUUGGCGAAGGAGGUUGAGACUGGCGCCUCCAGGCUCAUGUUGGAUGCCCAGCAGCACAAGAAGCUUGUGCGUGUGGUCGACAUUGUUGUUCUGAAGCUGCGCCCUGCUGAUGGCUCUUGUCUGUUGGUCGAGUUCAAGGAGAAAUUCCCGGACGAGCGCGAGCGUGAGACGAUGCGCCUUCCUGGCACAAAGAAGGAGCCGCAUGAGAAUGCUAGGCAGACUUCGGAGCGAAUCCUCAAGGAGAUGAUGAAUAUGGACCCCAGCAUGGUCACCUUCGAUUUCUCCUCUGUUGAGCGGCAAGAGGAGGAAACCGACUCGAUUUCAUUUCCCGGCGUGACCACCGUCUACCGCAAGGAGCUGGUGGAAUGCAAGGUGACAACCCCUGACAAGGCCACUCUCCAGCAGGUUGGCUUGCCCGGACUGUCGCAGUGGCAUGCCACAGACGCUCAGGGCAACACCAAGUUCUUCAUGUGGCUUACCGACACCGAGGCGGAGGCCAAGAAGGUCAAGCUAAAGGUGCAUGGCUCUCACAUCUCGACGCUGGUGCGUGCCCCUAUCGGCUUGGACGAGGAGGCUCUCAGGGAAUACUUGAAGACCAACGGGAUUGAUAUCAAUCAGUUCGGCCAGAAUGGCACCAAGAGCUUGAAAGAGUUCUCCUCGGAGUUGAUCAAGGGCGAGACGCGACUGCUGCAGGUUGACGGAGAAAUCCUGGUCAUCACAGAGGUGGUCAUGCUGAUCCUCACCAACUCAGCCAACAAGGAAACCCUGAUACAGGUCGGCCAGGUUUGGCCAGAUGGGAAGACCAGUACCCAGGCCCGCAUUCCGGGGGCCAAGCGCAGGCCGGAUGAGAACCAGUUCCUUUGCGCCCGGCGCAUUUUGAAGAGGCAGCUCGAGAUAGACGAGAAUGCAGUCCGCAUCUCCCAAGACGUGGGAUACCUCGAGGAGGACCGCAGCUCCAAGAGUUAUCCUGGUCUGAAGACGGUGUAUAGGAAGAGAGUCAUCAAGGGGGAGGUGAUCCCUGGUGCUUAAAGCACCCGCUGGUUUCGUGUCGAAGAACACGCAGCCAGGUUAGCUUGGUCUUCACUAGGGAGCCCAACAGUGAGCCCGCCUCCGGCGCUCCCAGGAGUCAGCCCUGGGAAUUCGACCCCGAAAGCUUGGGUCGUGGAAACCGCCGCCGCGAGCCUUUCGUAGCCAGCCUUUCCAUAUGAAAUUCAGGCGGUCUGUGGGAAUGCCAUGGGCCAUGGACUUGUCUGAGCCACAAGGCGCGUGUUUGCAGGU